GUGGUUUGAUUUUCCGCUGACACCAAAGCCAAUCCAACCCAACCCAACCCAAACUCAAAAUCAUUAUUAUUCUUUUUCUUUCCAGAGGAAAAGAAAUAUUUUAUUUUUCAGUUUUUCACACUAUAUUUUCACACCACCCUUUUCAUAUAAUAACACCACCAAACCCUUUUUCUCAGGUUUCCCUUUCCACCAAAUCUUUCUUCCAUCCUUGUCUUUUAAUUUUUUCAUCUGGAUUUUAGCUAGUAUAUAUGGAUCCGGGUCAUCACCAGCAGCUCCAUCACCACUACUCUCUGGGUAUUGAUGCAGCGGGUAGUAGUGGAGAUAGGUUUCCUCAAUGGAGUAUUCAGGAGACCCGGGAUUUCUUGAUUAUCCGGGCCGAGCUCGACCCGACUUUCAUGGAAACAAAACGUAAUAAGCUUUUGUGGGAUCUCAUCUCCACCCGGAUGAAAGAAAAGGGUUAUAGCAGAAGCGCGGAGCAGUGCAAGUGCAAGUGGAAAAACCUAGUCACACGCUACAAGGGAUGUGAAACUAUGGAGGCAGAAGGGAUGAGGCAACAACAAUUCCCAUUCUACAACGAGCUGCAAACCAUAUUUGCUGCGAGGAUGCAAAGAAUGCUGUGGCUGGAGGCCGAGGGCGGGGGAGCCGCCACCAGCUCAAAGAAGAAUAAGACGGCAGCGCAAUUUUCAUCCGAUGAAGAAGAUGAAAACGAAGACAGCGAAGGAGAAAAAGGCGGAGCGAAAAAGAAGAGGAAAGUGAAGGGGAAUUAUAGUAAUAUUCCUCAAGUUGGAGGAAGCAAUUCACCAAUGAUGAUAAUUAAGGGAAUAAGGGAAAUGAUGGAGGAAUUCACGAAGCAACAAAUGGAAAUCGAAAUGCAAUGGCUGAAAGCGUAUGAAGCGAGGGAAGAGGAGAGGAGAGUAAAAGAAAUGGAGUGGCGGCAGACGAUGGAGGCAUUGGAAAAUGAGAGGAUAAUGAUGGACAGGAGGUGGAGGGAAAGGGAAGAACAAAGGAAAGUUAGGGAAGAAGCCAGGGCUGAGAAAAGGGAUGCUCUUAUUACAGCGCUUUUGAACAAGCUUAGGAGAGAAGACAUGUAAACAACAUUGCCUCACAGUGGCCCACAGAAACGAGGAUCAUCUAAAGAAAUGCGAAACUGUAACAGCGA